AAAAUGAAAACUAUGAUCCUUCUUGGGAUACUGGGAGCCACAAUGUCAGCUCCGCUUAUUCCACAGCGCCUUAUGUCUGCAAGCAACAGCAAUGAGUUACUUCUGAAUCUUAAUAAUGCUCAGCUUCAACCAUUGCAGCUACAGGGCCCAUGGAUACCCCCUUUCCCUGUGAUUCUACAGCAGAGGCAGCAGCAGGCUCAAAUCCCAGGACUCUCCCAAUUCUCUUUGGCAAAUCUAGACUGGUUUGCUGGACUGGUCCCAAACCAGAGAGCCUUCCCAGGACAGGUCAGCUUUGCUCAAGUCACUGAGGCAAGACAGCUGGACUCACAGCCUCAGACAUCACCACAGACCCAACAGGGCCCUAAUUACGUUAUGCCCUCUUUGCUCUCCUUCAAAAUGCCUCCAGAGCAAGGACAGAUGCUCCAAUAUUAUCCAGUUUACAUGCUCCUACCCUGGGAACAAGCUCAGCAAACAGCUGCACAGUCACCUCCGCAAACAGGACAGCAGCUCUUUGAGGAACAGAUGCCAUUCUAUACUGAACUUGGAUAUGUUCCACAACAAGUAGAACCUGUUAUGCCAGGAGGACAGCAGCAACCAGUCUUUGAUCCCUUCCUAGGCACAGCUCCUGAAACUGCUGUGAUGACAGCAGAAGUGUUACCGUAUUUUCAGAAAGAAAUGAUACAGUUUAAGCACAGCAAUGGAGGAAUUUUCAUUCCUUCAACUUCACAAAAACCCAGCACAACAAAUGUUUUCACUUCUACUGUAGACCCAACUAUUACCCCAAAGGUCAUGGAAAAGAAGGCCAAGACUGAUAGCCUAAAGGAACCGUAAGGCAUUAUCCUAAUCAUUCAGAAUUUGGGAGAAAAAGAUGCAGCUGUACCUUGCAUAUUAUGUUAGGCUAUUUGCUUCCUCAAUGUUAAUGUCAGUUCUUUGGAAAAUACGUUUUGGAUCUUCUCCUGAAUUUAUUUUUACUUAAAAAUAGUAUUAUUCUCUUUAAUGUCAUAGAAAAGUAAUGCAACGAUUUAAUUAGCCUUAUCUUUACAAAAUUGUAUUUCUUUUCAAAUAUCCUCUCAUUGCAUGAUCUGAAAAGUAACAACAAGAUAAAGCUAUUUUCACUGAAUCAAUUGUACAAUUACAUUAAUAAAUGAAGGCUCUGGAAAAUAGUGGCAUCAGUGAAAAUAAAGGUAACCUGUCUUUGGA